UUUCUUUUGUUUCUGCGAUUGUCCGGUAAUUUAUCCCAAUCCAAAGUCAAUGGGGCUCUUCGGUUCAACCCUCCACCAUCUUCAAACUCCAACUCCAACUCCAACCAUGAUACGCCCAAAGUAGACAGUUCUUUGAGUCUUCUUCACUACCCAAAGACCCAUAAUUUAAAUUUUGAAAGGAAUUUAAAAAAAAAAUAUUGAGGGGCUUUCUAUUUUCGCCAUGAAAGGAUUAGAAGCUCUCCUUAUAUGGGUUGCGAUUUUUGGGUUAAGCUUUUCCGGGUGUUAUUCCAAAGUUUCAGAAGACGAUGUCAGGUGUUUACAGGAGAUCAAGCUGUCAUUGUCGGACCCUGAGGGGAAGCUGUCUAAUUGGGAUUUUAAGAACACGUCGGUCGGAGUUAUAUGCAAGUUCGUCGGCGUUACAUGUUGGAAUGAUCGGGAGAAUCGUGUGUUGAAUCUCGAAUUUAGGGACAUGAAGCUUUCGGGUAAGCUACCUCCGGCGCUGGAGUACUGUGGCAGCCUUCAGAAGCUGGAUCUAGGUGGAAACGAAUUCUCUGGUACCAUCCCUUCACAGAUCUGUGAUUGGGUUCCUUUUAUUACUACUUUGGAUCUGUCCAACAAUGGUUUCUCUGGCUCUAUCCCACCUGAGUUGGGAAAGUGCUCGUACCUUAAUGAGUUGGUGCUUUCGGAGAAUCAUCUUUCGGGUACUAUACCUUAUGAAAUUGCUAGCUUGGGUAGGCUUAAGAAGUUCUCUGUGGCCAGGAACCAACUCACGGGUACUAUUCCUACGUCUCUUAAUCGUUUUUCUGAGGAGGAUUUUGAUGGGAAUAGUGGGCUUUGUGGGAAGCCUUUGGGAAAGUGUGGUGGGUUGACUAAGAAGAGUCUUGCCAUAAUCAUAGCUGCUGGGGUUUUUGGUGCUGCAGCGUCGUUGUUGUUGGCUUUUGGGCUUUGGUGGUGGUACCAUUUGAGAUUGAGUAAGAAAGGGAAGAGCGGGCAUGGUGUUGGAAGAGAUGAUGAUUGGGCUGAGAGGUUGAGGGCUCAUAGGCUUACUCAAGUUUCUUUGUUUCAAAAACCACUUGUGAAGGUUAAGUUGGCUGAUUUAAUGGCAGCUACAAACAAUUUCAGUCAAGAGAAUGUGAUUAUUUCGACUAGAACAGGGACGACUUUUAAGGCUGUACUUCCUGAUGGGUCAGCUUUAGCUAUCAAGAGGCUUAACACUUGUAAACUUGGUGAGAAGCAGUUUCGGUUGGAGAUGAAUCGAUUAGGACAGAUAAGGCAUCCAAACUUGACACCCCUUUUGGGGUUUUGUGUGGUUGAGGAAGAAAAGCUUCUGGUUUAUAAGCACUUGUCCAAUGGUACACUCCACUCUUUGUUGCAUGGAUUUGGGAGUUCAUUGGAUUGGCCAACUAGAUUCAGGAUUGCCUUGGGAGCUGCUAGAGGUCUUGCUUGGCUUCACCAUGGCUGUCACCCUCCAAUCAUCCACCAGAACAUAUGCUCGAAUGUGAUUUUAAUCGACGAGGACUUUGAUUCUAGGAUAAUGGAUUUUGGAUUGGCAAGGCUUAUGACUUCUGACUCUCAUGAGAGUAGUUUCGUUAACGGAGACUUGGGAGAGCUUGGUUAUGUGGCUCCAGAAUACCCCAGUACUAUGGUUGCUUCAUUGAAGGGAGAUGCUUAUGGUUUUGGGGUUGUACUUCUAGAGCUGGUUACAGGGCAAAAACCUCUUGAGGUCAACACUGGUGACGAAAGUUAUAAAGGUAAACUAGUGGACUGGGUAAAUCAGCUAACUAGUUCUGGUAGAAUCAAGGAUGUCACUGAUAAGACUCUUCUUGGAAAAGGCUAUGAAGAGGAAAUCAUGCAGUUCCUGAAGAUCGCUUGUAAUUGUGUGGUUUCUCGGCCCAAAGACAGGUGGUCUAUGUACCAGGUUUACCAAUCGUUGAAGAGUAUGAAUAAAGAUCGUGGUCUCUCCGAACAAGAUGAUGAAUUUCCACUUAUUUUUGGCAAGCAAGAGAAUGAUUAAUGGAGAGGAGAUGGAAAAAGCAUGCAAAUGGUUAGAGACUUUCAUCUUGAGGUAAGUUCUCAAGGCCCUGUAUGUAAAUGGUUUGGUGUCCAUUUUAGCUGAUUUUCAUUUGUUACUCUAGCUGUAUAAUACAAUAAACAAUCUGAACAUGGGGUCCUGUGGUAAAGAAAUUAUUGUUUGCUAUCAUAUAAAAAUACAGCGCCCAAUGAGGCUUGAUAAAGUUUGUAAUAUGCAUUCCUUUUUGUUUAGCUUUAGAAAUUCAACACUUGAGAGUACAAAUGUCAAUUUAGUGCAGAAAUACAAUGUUUGUAGGUGACAAACAAUAUCUCGCAUCA